AUGAUUCACCACAGCAAAUUACCAAAAUUUCCUGAUGACCUGGAAUUAUUACCACAAGAAAAAAAUAAUGAAUUUCAAUCACGAAGACUAGCUACUAUUAUUACUGGUCCAGAGGGAGUACGACGACAUAUAAAUCAACGUGGUGCUAUGCAGAAGCGAGGGCCGUUUCCUAUGGUCAAGCAAUUACAUUACAAGAAAAAAGCAGUGCAAGUUAAAGAACUUCCCAAAAAAUUGUCGGAAGCUAACCAAGCUAAAAAGCGAUCAGGACUGAAUAAUGCGAUUAUGGGAAUUCCGCGUGAGGAAAAUUUCCUUCCGAUAAUUUUCGGUGAUGGUGUAGUCGAACGAGAAUUAGCUUUUGGAUUUGACAAGUUAUCAAUAGCAAAAGAUAAAGAGUAUGCUGAACCAGAGGCAUCAUGGAAAACACAGAGAUCGACUACCUCAGCAUCAACAAUUUUAAUGAAUGGUUCCAAUAAGCGGAAACGCGUCACCUUUGAUUCUCAUCCACCGCCUAUUCCAACAGAAACGGUGAAGGGUGAAAAAAAUUCCCCCUCAUCUUUCGCUUCAUAUAGUCCAUCAAAGAAGGAAAAUGGAAAAUCUUCGUCAAUAUUUGAGCCUCGUCCAAAGUUAAAAGUCAACGCUACCCCUUUCCUUCCUCGUACCUCAUUUCCACGAGAGAAUCUACAAUCAUUACAUCCACAUUCAGCUCAAGUCACUCCUAGGAAAGAUCAGCAACCAACUCCUGCUUUCAUAAAAAGGAAUGAGAAUAUUCGCUUUUAUUAUCCAUCUUCACAAGAAUCGAGUCCCUCAAAAACACCCUAUACUCCUACACCUAAAGAUUCACAUCAACGACGACAUCUUGGUCUCACUUCUUUAAGGUCGCGUCACCAUAUUGGGUUUAAUCUUGGUUUCAGUCUUGUAUCUCCAUCGCCCGGUAAAAAAAAAUAUCCUCUUCCUUAUCCUCUCUCUGGACCAUCUUCACCUAUUGAAAAUUUACCCGCUGAAAGCAAAGAAAAUCAAUUCAUAAAUGAUGAUCUGACAGAAGUAUCUAACAAGCUUUUCGAACAAUCAGAAGAAUCGGGACAUAUCGAUAAAGAUUCCUUGCACGAGCUUAAUGCAUCCGAUAUAUCAAGCACACGGGACUAUUCAGCAUCUGACGAAUCAGAAGAUGAAUUAAUACCUGACGCGGAAUCUAAAUCGAGGUUCUUUAGUGAUCUUAUCGAAGAACAAAAAUCAAGGAUCAGAGAAAUAAUUGAUGAAGCAAAAAAAGCAAGCAAAGUUGUUUCGCAAAUGGGACCUACAAUCGUCGAGGAGAAAGAUUUAGAUACUUUACAACCCAAGCGAUAUAUCAAUGGAGAAAUUAUCAGUAUGUAUGCGAGACUUUUAAAUGCUCGUGUUCUAGAACGACGCUCUGCCGGGGAUGUAAAUCAACAAGACGUGUUUAUGACCAAUACAUAUUUCUAUACACUGGUUGAGAAAGCGAGGAAGAGCGGAAAUUUCAAGAAACUAGAAAAAUGGCUCAGUAAUAACAAUGUCCCAGAUAUAUUCAAAAAAGACAAACUCUUAGUCCCUGUGCAUCUCGGUAACCACUGGGUAUGCGCCGUGAUCAACAUAAAUGAAAAAACAAUAAGUGUGUACGAUUCCGGUGCACGAUUUGGAAGCGGUGGGACCCAAUCCAUUGGACCGAAUCUGUUAGAGUUCAUACAAGGAUACCAUGUCCUAAAAAAACAACAGCCAGACCGGGACGAAUGGACGGUCGACCUGUUUCCUAGUGAAAUACCGCAACAGCCGAAUGGUUAUGACUGCGGCGUGUAUACAAUGUUGUUUGCUGACUAUAUAAGCGAACAGCGAGAAUUUGACUUUGAUAAUUUGGAUAUGUCAAUUUAUCGAAAUCGUAUAAAAUAUGAAGUGGUAACUAGGACAUUGAUCAAAUAUUAA